GUGACAAGUGUGCGGGCGCUGGGACAGCAGUAGGGGGCGUCGCUCUCCGCUCGCCGCCGCCGGCCGCCCCGCCGUCGGUGACGGCCUGUCGCAGCGCGACCGGACCGAGGUGCUCAUGGGCCGGAGGAAGACAGACGGCGGCGGACCUGGCCCGCUGCCGGCCAUGGUGCGCAGGAAGAACGCCGUGAACGAGGAGCUGACGCUGGCGGCCAUGACGGAGGAUGUGUGGGCCGCUGUUGAGUCGGGACGAGAGCGCCGCCGACGGCUCGCGUGCGAGCGCUCGUACGGCCUGGGCGGGCCGGGCGCCGGAGCCGCCCCAGCUGCCGGAAAGGCCGAGCUGGGAGGCACCCAGCCGGCAGUGACCGGAGCUGGAGCUCUGGCGGCAUCCCGCCCGCCGGCAGCGGCGGCAGCGCCGCCUGCGCCCGCCAGAUCGGCUGCAGCUCCAUCGGCCGGACAUGUCCCGGUGCCGGCGUCGUGCCUACCGGGCCAGGGAAACGUCGGUCCAGUUUCGGCAAAAGCCGCCAGUCCCCAGGAGGCUAAGAAGUUGACAGGGAUGCAGUCGUCGGGGCAAAGCCAGGGACAUUCGAAGAAGACAGCACCAGACAAGGCAGACGGAAACGCUGUAAGUGCCCCGACAGUCAAGGGCGCUUCAAAACAAGAUUGCGAUGUCACCAAGACAAAGACAACAGAUGAGAAGCGGACGACUCAGAACGACGUUUACAAGGCACAAGAUUCUGAAAAGCCCACGGUAGUGGUUGCGACUGAGCAGAAGAAAGAUGCUAGAGAAACGCCAGCGGAUAACAAGAAGUCCAAGCGAAACAAGCGUAAAGGUGGACGCCUGAGCGAAGGAGAAGAUCAAGCAGUCCCCGGGCCGGUCCAACAUCCGCCCAUCGUCGGCGCCCCAGCUUCUAACGCGGGAAAUUCAGCUGAGCCCCAACAGAAGCGGAACGUAGCUGCGGCGGAUGUCGUGCCCAGUGCGGCGCCUGCCCAGACGGCCACAGCUCCCAGUGUCGCCCGGCAGGAGGGCGGCGUCGUCCAGCAGCCCGCACCGGCGGCACCUCUCGCCAUCAAUCUGACCCAGAUGGUGUCCGACGAGCGUCCGCUCGCCAGCGGCGCGACCGCUCCAGCCGCCGGCGCAGGCGCCAGAAGCGCCUCCUACGCCGAGAAGGCUCGGCACCCGCCCGCCAGCCCGCCGCUGGUGGAGCAGCCGCCGCCGCCGCCGCGCGAGGAGAGCCCCGAGCCGACGUACGACCCGCGGCCCGCGCGCGCUCUCUCCACCGCAUGCGGCGCCGCUCUCGCCCAGUUCGCCCACCUCCGAGGAGUGGGUGCCGGUUGA